AUGCGAGUGAAGAUCACGUCGACACUCCAUUUUGCAAACAGCCAUAGUUUUUGGCUUCUUGGCGCCUCCUCAAGAUGUUGCCUCAUCCGAGCAAUGGUGGGAUUGGCUCUCAAGGGAGGCCAAAUCUCAACAGAUAGACCUUAUAAUCUGGUUCCUUUCUACGGGUCUGAUGAUCAGCUGUUUAAGGAACUUGCUCGCAGGACUUUUGAUGCAGCCAUUGGCUUAGCAGUAAUGACCAAGGAACGAUCCCAGGUUGUAGAAUUCUCAUAUCCAUAUAUUGAAGUAGGCCCGGUGGUAGUGAUUAAGGAGAACCUUGAAAUGAACCAAUUUUUUUCAUUCAUGAUCCCUUUCACCAACAAGAUGUGGUUUACUUUGGCUGCUAUCACGGUGUUCAAUGCCUUUGUUAUUCGAUUAGUUGAAUCUGGAGCUGGCCAUGAAUCUGUUGGAGCUAUCUUCUGGAUCCCUUUGGUGACCCUCUUCUAUGGAGGGCAUAAAGAAUCACCGAGGAACAGCUUAACUAAUUUUGUGCUGGCCCCAUGGUUCAUCCUGAUCCUGGUUGUUUCUUCAACCUAUACAGUAAGCUUUACUUCCAUGAUAACAAGCUUAGACACCGAGUCAUCAUCUUACUUAGAUAUAGAAAUUCUCAAGAAAACAAAUGCAACUGUGGGUUGUGAUAUGGAAGAUUCAAUUAUGUUGCAGCAUUUAGUGGAGGUCAUUGGGUUCCAAACAAAGAAUAUCAAGCACAUUGCUCAAUCUUCAUUUGAUGAUUAUGCAAAGGCUCUAUCAACUGGAAAUAUAAAGGCUGCAUUCUUUUGGACGCCGUAUGCCGAAGUUUUCCUUGCAAAAUACUGCAAAGGUUUCAGAGCUUGGAGCCCAAGCCAUGACCUACGCGGUUCUUUAAUUAUCGUUCCGCAGGGUUCUUCUUUCGGUUCACAUAUGUCAGAGGCCAUGGAGCUAUUAAUACGAAGUGGGAAACUCAAGCAAAUGAAGGAAGACAUGCUAUCUCUUUUAUAUUGUUCGAGUUCAACUAAUGAUGGUACCAUGAAACGAGGAAUAGGACCUGGACCCUUCUCGGGUUUUUUUAUUUUAUCAGGCUCGGCGUCUGCAAUUGCAUUGGCGAUCACGGUCAUUCGACUAUUGAGAAGACGUUGGGAGAGGCUGGUUCAAGGAAUGUUGAUGGGUAGAGAGCUUUGGGUGUGGCUGACUACUUUGUUUUCUCGAAACCAGAGGGGAAAUAAGCUUCAGGUUCAACUAGCAAGGAUUAGUUGA